AAAACCAACAUUAGGCGGAUUCACUCGGAACGAAAAGUUUAAGGAAAAAAUAGCUUAAGCGAUACCAAUUAGAGUGCGCUUAAAUAAGGGGAGGGAGGAGGAGAAAACUAUUUAAUACAAACCCCUGCACUGUGUAGGGAGUCACAUAAAGAGAGGGGGGUGAAAUGAGAUUUUUUUAAAGGUGGAAUAAAAAGGAAAUGUUUCCUAAAGGGGGAGGAAUGAGGGAAACGUCUUUUUUAUAAAAGGGGGGAAUUAAGAAAAACAUGAUUUUUUAAAAUGAGAAGUCAAACUUUGUUUUCAAGAAGGAAUAAGAAAAACACAGAAAGUUGACGUCAGGAGGCGCUUAUUUGGCCUUCUCAAACCGAAGGGCCAACGUAUUUUUAUAAAGCCCUCUUCUCUCGUUUCAUUCUUAUUUUCUUCUAACCCCCCCAAAAAAAACUCAACUAAAAAGGCUCCUUUAGCGCCAUGUGCUCUCUCCCGCCAAAACCCGUUGUAACAGACAUGAAAUUGCAACCAUCUGUUACAGACGAUAAGCCGCGCACAAUGCAAAUCAUUCGGAAACAGCCAAAACACUGCGAGUCGACGUACAUUUAAAAAAAAACACUAUUAAAACUACGCUUUUUUAAAAAAUUAAAACAGCCAUUAUCUGAGUGGCCGCUUUUAAAAACACGUUUUGAAACAGCGUUGCACCCUUUACCAAACCCGCUUGAACCUUGUGCAACAUAUUGCGGGGCACCACAUUUCACCGCCCCCCAAAUGUUUGAUCCAGAAAGUUUUUUAUAAAACAACGCAUUCCUCCCCCUUGCUCAAACAUUUCGCAAUGGCUUCUUCCCGAUCCAAAUCCCUUUCUGAACUGUGCAGCUCGCUCCAAAUCCCGCCCAAAACAAAAAAAAUCCAACAGACUGAAAACUACCAAUUAGUUAACUUCAUUGAUGUUGUAUGAUGUAAAAUUUUAGUUCAUUUAACAAACAGGAGGGUGGAAAAAAACACCUUAACAAACUCGUAAAGAGGAAUUUUAUAUAUAUAUAUAUAGAGAGAGAGAGAAGAGAGAGCGCCAUGUAAAAAGUUUUAACUUGGAUUUGGUGGGAAGGCGUUAAUUUUCCUUUCUCGCUCUGUGCUGCUUGGGUGCAGUUACUGUCAGUCAAAGAGAUUUUUUCAAAAAAAAGAGCUCGCAAGCCAGGCUGAUUUAAAUACCAGGGAUCCGCCUACGGGGGGAAGGGAAAUUAUUUAUGGGUGAUGUCGGACUGCGAGUUUUUGAAAGUCUGCGGGGCGAGUGGGAGGCUCGCAGCACACACACACAGGGAAAGGAAGAAAAUAAUAGCAGUCGGAGCUUCACUGUAGUUGGGGAGUCGAUCCGAUCCGUCUCGCCCCGCCCCAUCCCCCGGCUUUCACAGCCGUAUCGACCUGCUUUUGCUAACCCGGACACCUCGACAUGUCUACAAAGUUCACCUCAUGUUUCUACGACAUUGGAGAAGUUUUAUGCAAGAACAAGAUGAUUAGCUACAACAACAACAUCAACGCAGGCAGCUCAAGUGUGCCCCUGCUGGACAGGAAGGCAGUCGGGACCCCGACACUGAUGGACUACCAGAGGAGACAUUCUGUCGCCCUUGUCAACGCUAACUCCAAGUUCAACCAGAACCAGCUGCUGAACAGCUUCAAGCUGGAGCAGAGUGGUAGCACUGCCGGGGCCAACAAGGAGAACAAAUUCCGGGACCGCUCCUUCUCGGAGACGGGCCUGCAGAAAGCCCAGAGCCAGGUCAACUCCAGCCGCUACAAGACAGAGUUGUGCCGCCCCUUCGAGGAGAAUGGCUCGUGUAAGUACGGCGACAAGUGCCAGUUUGCUCACGGCAUCCACGAGCUGAGGAGCUUGGCCAGGCACCCCAAGUACAAGACUGAGCUCUGCCGCACCUUCCACACCAUUGGAUUUUGCCCGUACGGCCCUCGCUGCCACUUCAUCCACAACGCAGAGGAGAGACGCCUGUCCCCCGUUCACGACCAGCAGCAUCUCCCACUCUCCUCCUCCAACAAGAUCGACCGGCCUCGCCUGCAGCACAGCUACAGCUUCUCUGGCAUCUCCAGUUCCUCCAGUGGGCUGCUGGGCAGCCCCACUUCGAUCACCCCUCCGCCCAUUUUCAGCUCUGAGGACCUCAGCUCCUCCCCCACAUUGCCAGACUGCGCCAGCAACCCUUUCACCUACUCGAGCCAGGAACUACCCAAUCUGUUUGCGCCCAGCAUUGGCAUCCAGGUUCCCAUGACCUCCGCCAACAAUGGCGCCCAUUCGCCUUCCUUCCUGCUCCGGUCUUUGGCUGAGUCGCCCCAUCUCUAUGAGCCUCCCCCGAGCCCUCCAGACUCGAUGUCCGACAGCUACCUGAGCAGCUCUGGGAGUGUGAGCGGGUCAGAGUCUCCUACCCCUGACCUCAGCAAGCGUCUCCCCAUCUUCAGCAGACUCUCUAUUUCGGAUGAUUAACUUGACCUUUCUCCAGUGCUGGACGAAGCAGAGAGCUGUCAAAAACAAGUGCCCCUAAUCUGAGCUAGCAUUUAAGACAAACUGUUGUGAUUUCUUUUUGAAAACAAAAAGUCCAGGUAGCCAACUUUUGACACACGUACAAGGGUUAGAAUUGACUUCCCAAACCCAAACCCAAACUCACCAACUACAUGCAGUGUCAACUGAUGACCUUCAAUGUGUUUCUCUUCCAGGUUUUUCCAUUUGAUAGUAAGGGGGACAGCAAUGACUGCACGCCUAUCUUUUUUUUCAACCAUUCAUCGAGUUUGUGUUUUGUUUUUGGAAAAUCAGAAUGGUCAAUUUUUAAAAAUACUUUUUUUUUGUUUGUAUCCCUCGUCCUGUAUCUAAUUUGAUGGCCCAACAAUUUUUGAAUUUGGAGGCGAGAGUCAUCCUUGGAUAAUCUGUGGUUGAUUGGGGAUUGGCCUGGGUGAGUCAAGGCACUUUGUGACAGGAUCUGAAGUGAAUUUGUUGUCAAAACAGCUACCUAUCUGCCUGGUCUUAAGUUCUUGGAGUGUGGUUUUGAGAAUCUUUUUGAAGAGAGUUUUUUUUUUAAAAAGAGAGCUGAAUGGUGUAAUUUGCCGAAUCAGACCUUUAAUGUAGCAAAACAGGAAUCUAUUUGAUUAGCUAUAAUUUACCUUUUCCCUGUUUUAACCCCCCCCCCCUCCCCAACUGCUCCUCAAUUGGUACAUCCCUCUGCAAUGAUAGCAUUGAGUGUGUCUUUUUUGCAUGAGCUGGUGGGGUUGUUGAUGCAACCUGACUUUUAAAUUUUGUUGCCUCAUGCUUUAGGGUGCAGAUGAGACCAGGCACCAGGAGACAUCGAGCAUCUCUGUUUCUUCAUGUACACCUCCCCAACUCAAUCCUCCUCCUUCCUUGCCCAUCUCUUUGGAUCCCUUGUCCCACCCCAUGCAGUUUCUCUUUAAGUAGUUCAUCGGUUCCAGGGACAGAAGUUAAUUUGGGGUUGAUUGUGAAUAGAUGCAUAUUGUGGUGAGACAAAGCACAGGUCUUGGGAUUAAGAAAUAAAACUGUGAGGGGAGUGGAAUAGGGACUAACUGACCUGGGUGGACAAUUACUGCUACAUUUUAUUUCUUUCAAAUGAAUGUUUAGAGUUCUGGCUGCCUUGUUUUAUUUUAAACUGUUUCAGUUGUCCAAAUUGACCCUGGUAAUUUUUUAUUUGUUUAACUGGUUCUGGUGGGGGAUGGUUUGAAGAAUGGAGUGGGAGUGGAACUGUGAAAGUUUCUUAAGCAAAUUUAAAAAAUAGUUUUUGUCAGAGAGGGACAGAGAGUGAGUGAGAGAAAUAGUUUAACCAACUAGCCUUGAACUUUGCCAAGUUAGUUCAUUUUAUUUCUUUUUUUAAUCCCCCCCAUUUUAAAAAAAAUCGGCAGAAUGUUAAAGGAUUUAAAGAUAUCGCUUGUCACUGCACACACAUACACACAUACACAAAAAAUUGCUUAUUUAACUUAUCAAAAACAUAUUUAUUGCCAAACAUAUGCAUUUUUGUUUGUAUUUAUCACAAUGACAAACCAUAGAAAUAUAUUUUUCUUUUAUGUUUAAAUUAUGAUCUUAUUAAUCUGAAGAUUGAGGUUUUCCUUUUUGUUAUUUUCAUUUCCACAGUUUAAUAUAUUAUACUACAAUGACGAGGGUUUUUGUAACGUUACUCUUCAGUUAUUUUAUUUAAUAAAAAAAGUAAUUUAAAAACACAAAAACAUUUGAAUUUAUUUAUUUUGUAGUUCCCCCCCCCCCCGCCUUUUAAAAAGUAAAAUAAAUCGAUCUUCUCAUGUAUUUUUUAUGGCAGCCAUGCGCUCACUGCCUUUAGGCUCUUGUUGCCAACAGUAGCCUAGCCUUUUUUUUUAGGCUUUUUGACUUAAUUUCCAUGAUACAAGAGACUGUUACGAAGGUGUGGGCUCAGUAAUGUGACACAAGUGCCUGUCAGAACACAUUCCAAGCAUUGAUGUAUGCUUUUCGUGUAACUAAUAAUACUAUUUUUAUUAUUGAUAGGCCCUGGUCUCUCUCUCUCUCUCUCGGAGAGAGGCAACCAGGAGUUGGCACACAGGGAAGUUGAAUGUAUUUUUCCUUCACUGUUCACUACAUGGUUUAUUUUCUAUGUCUGUUUAUACAGAAUGCUUUUUUUGUAAUGACUGGUUCAAAUGUAAAUCAAUAAAACCCCAAUGGUUUUGUUUUCCAAA